AUGUUAUCGGUGCGAAGUACAGGCAUGUUGGGUACGAAGGGAUCGAAAGGUAGUUUCUUAUCAGGUGGUGAAAAACAGCGAAUCGCGAUUGCGCGAAUACUUCUUCGAAAACCUAAAAUAUUGCUACUAGAUGAAGCAACAAGUGCUUUGGAUUCAUACAAUCAACAAAUAGUACAACAGACACUUGAACAAGCUCAAAAGGAUGAUCCUACUCGAACAUUGUUGAUUAUUGCUCAUCGUCUUUCCACUAUUCGUUCAUGUGAUCUGAUUGUUGUUGUGGACAAAGGAUGUGUUGUUGAGAGUGGCACUGAUGCAGAACUAAUACAACAGCGUGGAGUUUAUUAUACAAUGCUCACUAGAAAUAGUUCCUAA